CUGCCGGAUGGCAGGUAAAUAAACAAGCAUUUCUCUCUCUCUAACGAAUCGAAAAGGAGUUUUCCACCAGCCUAUUUGUGAAAGUGAAAAUUGGAAACUUGUGAAAAAUUGUGAAAAAUAUACCCCCUAAAAUAAGCAAAACAAAAACAGAUAUGGCCCUUUACUAAAUGGGUUUACUGUGCGCCAAGCUGCGCGACUCCUGCUGCUGCUGUUGUUGUUGUUGUUAUUCCCAAAGCCUCAGCAACUGUUGUCGGAUUUCCUCGCCACCGUUGGAGGAAUUUCAGGUGUUGAUACUUGGCCCAUUGGCCAGUGGAAAAACCGAGUUGGGCCAUCGAUUAAGCAGAGUUCCCAGACCAAUCGAUGACCAGGAGGCCACAAAUGGUGUACGUUGCUAUCACGUUACCUCAGUGGAUCCGCCAGCCCAUCAUCUCCAACUAACCGAAGUCGGUGGCAAUCCGGAGAUGCAACGCUUGUGGAAACACUAUUAUGCCUCCUCACAUGCCCUGAUAUAUUGCUUCGAUCUCAGUUCAGAUCCGGUUGAACUACAGACCACAUUCGACCUACUCUUCGAUUGCCUUCAGGGCACUCCUCAACUGGCUGGUAAACCAGUGCUACUCGUGGCAUCUCGUCAUCGUGAUGGCGUACAGCUGUACGACGUGGAAUAUGCCUUUGGCUUGGAGGAACUGGCCAAAUCCUGCGGCUGCCCCCUGCUCAUCUGUCACAUGGACGAACCUGAUGACCUGCAGCGUGGCAUACGUUGGCUAUGCCAUCAGUUGAUGGCAAGGAAAACGCAAUUGGAUCAGCGUAUUCGAUACGAUGUUAACAUGCAGGUUUGGCAGCGUCGAAAGCGCUUGCAUUUAACCAGCGGAAAGUUAGCCCAAGUUCAUCGACAUCGUUUUCGUCGACAUACACGAAAGAUAUUGCCUGCCAUCCAAGGUUUUGGAGGCCUAACCAUGAUGCGUCCCAGUACAGCACCUCCAAAGAUUUUCUUUGUGAACUCAAAAGAUGAGAAUGAUACCAAAAUGUAAGGAAAAGCCGUGAUCGAGUGCGCAUUUAAAGUGCCAAAAUAGAAAACCAUUCAAGUGUUUACACCAGAGGCUACUUUUUGCCAUUCCUUUUUUUUUUUUGGCUAGCCUUUAAGUCAAGUU